AAGUGUACAUCCUUGAAAGCUUGAACGCCACCAGCAAUGUUUAUUGCUCGCCAAGGGCGUCACAGCCGCUGAGACGUUGGUUGGCCCAGCCAGUCACGCCAAUAAUCCGCUCUUCAUGAAUCCUCGACCCUGUUCCGUUGCACGAGGUGGCUGCCGCCUCAUGGCCACCACACCCUUCGCGCGAAUGGUCGUCACUCUGCGUGACUCAUGUCACUCAAUGGCGCUCAUAUUAGGUCUCCACACUCACAGUCUCAUCACGCUCACCCUCCCUUACGGCCCUGUCAUGCCUGCGCGCCAUCGUCAACAACUGAGAGAGAUACAUGUUUACCUUUACUACACAGUCCUCUUCGUCUCUUUCCACACAUUGUUCUUCAUCGUCAUUCAUCCAGGUAAUCGUUUGUGGCACAUCUCACUGCGUUCUUGCUACUGCCAACGAGAAACCCGAACGUGCCUUGUGUUUACCAAGCAACUAAGAGAGGCAGCGCCCAGAAGUUGAUGAGCAUGGACUUUGACGUGGUACCAUACGAAGACAUCGUCUGGGGCGAGCGCAUCGGCGGCGGUAGUUUCGGGUCUGUCUUCAAGGGUCAAUAUCUUGGCGUGGAUAUCGCAAUCAAGGAGAUUCACUCGUCGACGGAGUACAAUGUCCAUAAGUAUUUUGAGCGCGAAUGGAGAAUAAUGAGGGAGUGUCGACAUCCUAAUAUCGUGCUCUUUCUUGGGCUCUGCAGGGAACCGAGUGGCGAAGGCCGAGUCUUCAUUGUGUCGGAGUUCGUACCAUGUGGAAACCUCCGCAGCCUUAUCCGCUCAACAGUCCCGUUCCCCUGGCGUCGACGACUGUCAUUUGCCACCGAUAUAGCGUGUGCAGUUGCGUACCUUCACGCCCGACAGUGCAUUCAUAGAGACCUCAAAGGCGAGAACCUUCUCAUCUCCAGCAAUGGUCGGAUCAAGGUCGGCGACUUUGGGUUUGCAAGGAUCACUUCUCGCAAUGAGGAGGAAAUGAAGAAUCUCACUUACUGCGGAACAGACGGCUACAUGAGUCCAGAGAUCGUCAUGGGAGAGAACUUUGAUCUGCCGACCGACGUGUACUCGCUUGGCAUCAUCUUUAUCGAGAUUCUUACUCGUAUCGUUGUGGGGGCCAAGGUAUACACCCGGAAGGCUCCAGCUAUCACGCCUGACCCCGAUGCCGUGCGUCGACAUGCGUCUCCGGGAUGUCCUCCGGGCUUCAUCGACCUAGCGCUGCAGUGCUGCAGCUUCGCGGCGGAGGACCGGCCGACGCUCCCCGACAUUAUUCACCGUUUGCGAGCCAUUGAGGCUCAGGCUAUGGAGUCAGAUGAAGUGGACUACAAAUGCUCGGAAUUGCCAUUUCGCCGCGAAGGCAAGCGAGCAAUGCCUCUCUUCGACUUCUCCAGUGACGACGACGCGGAGGCACACAUCGAUGACCAAGUGCUGUCCCAGGACGACGCUACUCUUGAAAGGUUAUCUCGCAAGGCGCUGAACGACUUCGACAUUGUUAUCGACGGAAUGGGUGCCAGCGCUUGCCUUCUUCCAUCGCCAGCGAAAGGCGGCUGUUCCUCUAAUCUCUUCUACAACACUGCCAGCGAGAUGAGGUUCUUCGUCCACGCCAAGUGCAUUACUGCCUGUCUGAGUCGCUGCAGGAAGGUGACGGAGAGUGAUAUUAGCAUCUAA